CCGCCUCCUUCCCGUUCCCGGAUUGGCGGCGGUUUGGGCCAAUGGCGCUGCGGGGGCGGGUGCCGGGCCGUUCUGGGCGCGAGCGAGUGUUGGCAUGAACAGAAUUCGGAUCCACGUCUUGCCGUCAAGUCGGGGGCGUCUUACCCCUGUGCCAAGGCCCCAGGAACCCUUGUCGUGUGCCUUCAGUCACCGCCAGUGUUCCCAGCCUCGGCUGGAAGGGCAAGAGUUCUGCAUUAAGCAUAUCCUUGAAGACAGGAAUGCUCCCUUCAAACAAUGCAGCUACGUCUCCACUAAGAAUGGGAAGAGGUGUCCAAAUGCUGCUCCCAAAGCUGAGAAGAAGGAUGGUGUGUCGUUCUGUGCUGAGCAUGCCCGCAGGAACGCUCUGGCACAUCAAGCCCAGAUGAAGAAAUCCAACCCCGGACCCAUGGGUGAGACUCUUCUUUGCCAGCUGAGCUCUUACGCAAAGAUGGAGCUGGGCUCCCAGACUGCAGAGAGCAGCCGCAGUGAAGCUAGUAGAAUUCUAGAUGAGGACAGCUGGAGCGAUGGAGAACAAGAACCUGUGACAGUGGAUCAGACGUGGCGAGGGGACCCUGAUAGUGAAGCUGAAAGCAUCGACAGCGAUCAGGAGGACCCUCUGAAACAUGCUGGCGUGUACACAGCUGAGGAGGUGGCGUUGAUCAUGCGUGAGAAGCUGAUCCGUUUGCAGUCAUUGUACAUAGACCAGUUCAAACGACUCCAGCACCUCCUGAAAGAGAAGAAGCGUCGAUACUUGCACAGCCGCAAGGGGGAGCAUGAAGCCAUAGGGAGCAGCCUUCUGACAGGCCCCGAGGGGCUUCUAGCCAAGGAGCGCGAGAGCCUGAAGCAACUGAAGUGUCUCCGACGCUAUCGGCAGCGCUAUGGCGUGGAGGCCCUGCUGCAUCGCCAGCUGAAGGAGCGUCGGAUGUUGGCGACUGAGGGUGCGGCCCAGCAGGCGCACACCACUCGUUCCAGCCAGCGGUGCUUGGCCUUUGUCGAUGACAUUCGAUGUUCCAAUCAGUCUCUCCCGAUGACCAGACACUGCCUCACUCAUAUUUGUCAGGACACCAAUCAGACAUUGUUUAAGCUGUGCCAAGGGUCAGAGGAAGCGCCCUGCGACAAGCCAGUUCCUGUAAGCCUCUCUGAGAGUCCCUGCUGCCCGCUUCAUCUCCAGCUGCCGCCUCAGAUGUACGUACCCGAGCAGGUGCUUUCUGUUCCAGAGGAGCUGGACGCUGCCCCUACGGAUCUGUACUUGAGCACUGCUGAGCUCCAGCCCACAGAGAGCUUACCCCUGGAGUUUAGCGACGACUUAGACGUGGUGGGAGAUAGCAUGCCGUGUCCCCCUUCCCCUCUGCUCCUUGAGUCCUCCGGGCCCCUGGAAGAUCAGGCGAUCACAGAUAUUGCCGAGGCUGCUGUAGACAUACUGGCCCAUGAAGAACCUCCUCAGCCAGGCAUCCCGACCCAGGCAACUCAGCUGGACAGAGGGAGCUCUUCUGGCCAAGCCGCCUUGCCAACUCUGGAGUCUCAUGCAGAGCCACCCGCCCAGGUAGAGCCAGGGGAUGCGCCUGGGGCUUCCAGCCAUGAAGCAGGAGCAGGAAAGCUCCCGAUCCGGACAGUAUUUCCCCUCCAGAACUCUAGUCACCUGCAGACUAGGGUGGGCAGACCUGGACCAGAGGAAGACAGGAAGCUGGCAGAGGCUGCAGCCUCCACCCAGUCACAUGGAAGACUGGCAGCAGCCAAUGGGAAUCCAGAACCAGCCUCCAUCAGCUGAUAAGGUCUUGGAUUGGAAAUCUUGGCCGCCCUGAAACGCACCUGAGCAUGAAAUACACGUGGCUGACGGAGUAUGGUAACCCAACACUUCACCCUUCCACCCGAGAAUUGCAGCCAGAGCAGUGAAACCGGGGAAUGGUGAAAUGUCUGGCCAGAAGCUCACGUGACAGGUUCCAGCCUUCCUGCCAGUCCCUCCCCCUCACUCAGUUCUGGUUCCUUUUGGUGAAGCCUGCCAAAAGCACAGCUGGCUAGUGAGACUGUGUCAUUCCCAGUCAGGGUAGAAGAGACAGAGAAAGGGUAGGCGGCUCGUGGGACGCACGCGCAGUUGGGGAUGUAUCCAUGGAGAGGGUAAAUGAGCCAAACUGAAAGUUUUCUCCCAGGUGGGGCUGAACAUUCUCGAGUCCACCUGUCAGGGGUGCAUGUGCUAGGCAGAGGCUUGGCUUGUUCAGACUGUAGCACCGUGUACUAAAGCAAGGUCUCUCAUUUCUGGUGUGCGACGGCUGUCGUUCCUCUGGCGCUGUAAGCCUGAAAUUCUGCUCCUCACCCUAGCUUUAACCGAUGGAUGAGCCUGUAGGUGCUAAUCGUGUGUAAAAUAACAAUGUAUAAAUGUGCUGUACAAAGUUUCCAGUUUGUAAUCCCCCCCCAAAA